AGCAACACCAAAUGCGUCAAAAAAAAAAAUUAUUUGGACGACAUUAAGCUUAACCUUGUCGAUCCACUUUAAUAAAGAAAUAGUGUUUAGCCUUGAGGAGUUAAGUAGGGAAUUGUGGAAAUAAAGCGUUCUAAGGCUGUUUUGGGCGGGAGAAGGCCACACAAACCGUACAGGGAUGUUGCGUUGAUCCGUUAAAGUCGGCCAGGGUGACUCUUUAUUAAAACGAUAGAAACUUUUUAUUUUCUAUCACGAAAGCUCAGAGAUCUCGUCAAAAAGUAAUCAAAGCGACAAAUCAAUAAAAUGGGAGCAUGGUCCUUAUUUUGCAGAUUUUGAUCCAGAAUUCUUUGAUGGGUUGACUACACAGAUUAAACUGAGGCGUUCAAAUUAGAGGUAUGGUUCCUUAAAUUCAUGAUUUCAUGAGUUUUGAAGUUAAGGUUUGUACUCAAACCGUGUAUACUAUAGUAUAUGGAGAAAUUUUGAUAUCUUCAGGCUAAUUACCGAAAUUAACAACUAAUCUAGUUUAAAACUAGUGGUUAUUUCAUUGGAAUGUGUUUAGAGUUCUGAAUUAGAAGCUACGGUUAAACCCUAAUACCUAGAAGCUAGGGUUAAACCGUAAUACGGACGUGUGCUUUGAUGCCUAAGUGCUAUAUAUAAUGAUCGAGAUUAAUGGCUGUAAACAACUCAUGUAAAGAUGAAAUACAAGUAGAAAUUGUGUUAAUUAUGGAUCAUGGGUUUGAAAGGAGUAUACAAGUUUUUUUAAUUGUAGAAAGAAGUCAAGGGUAUCGUUUCAAUGGAAAGAUAUGUUGGUUUUUCUGGAAAAAGAAACCGGUGUUUCUGUUGCAUGGGAAAGACUGUUGUUGACGCCGAGUACCAGGAAGAAAUAGAGAAAGCUCGCCGAGACCUACGCGCUUUGAUCUUCAACAAAACUUGCGCCCCAAUCAUGCUUCGUUUAGCAUUUCAUGAUGCUGGAACGUAUUGCAAACAUACACAGACUGGAGGUCCAAAUGGCUCCAUCAGGAAGCCUGAAGAGUUUGAACAAAGCUGUAAUAAAGGAUUAAAAGUUGCGAUUGAUUUUUGCGAAGAAAUAAAGUCAAAGCAUCCAAAGAUCUCAUAUGCAGACAUAUUUCAGCUUGCAGGCGUGGUUGCUGUUGAAAUCACCGGUGGUCCUACUAUUGACUUUAUUCCUGGUAGAAAGGAUUCAAAUGAGUGCACCGAGGAAGGCAGACUCCCCGAUCUUGAAAAAGGCCCAAUACAUUUGAUGGACACGUUGAAGCGCAUGGUUUUAUGCUACAUGGACUUUGUAGCUCUCUCGGGAGCCCAUGUUAUGGAUAGAACCCAAAAAAAUAGAUCAAACUUUGAUGGUCCUUGGACUGACAAGCCACUCAAGUUUGAUAACUCAUACUUUAUCAACCUACUGAGAGAGUACAGGGAAGAACUGGUUUGGCAUGAGCCACAGGCACUGGUGAGAAGAGAGUUUUUAAACCUACUGAUAGGAGAGUCGGAUGGAACUUCACUCAUUCCUUCAGACCGGACAAUGAUGACUUUUGAUGAGUUCCGUUGUGAUGUUAUGAAGUAUGCUGAGAUUCCAGAGUUGUUUUUGAAGGAGUAUGCGCAAGCACACAAGAAGCUCUCUGAACUAGGUUUCAUUAAAAAGCCACCUUUUCAUCUUUACCACAAGAUGAAGAAGAAUAAGAAAAGUUAUGUGUUGCCACAAACCAUUGCAGGGGUGAUCAUUGUUGCUUCAAUUAUCAUGGUGUGGUAUCGUGUAAAGGAAAAGUAAGAAUUAAAUAAUUGCUAUUAAAAUUUUACUAAUUUGAAAUAUGACAAUAAAACAAAAAUUGUUUCCAAAUGUGUACAUCUUCUAUGAGGACUUUCACAUUAAAUAACACAAAUCAUAUGUUCUCCGAUUUUCAUUUGUAUAUCCUUCCUGCUAAGUCAUAUUUUUCUGCCCUGUAUUUUUUGGUGUAAUAGUAAUA